AUGCAGCAACAUCUAAUGAUUACCAGAACAGUGCAAAUGUUGAAUACAAUCUUCAGUCUGCAACUUCUUGCUAUUAUCAUUGCGUCCUUCUCUGAAUUCACUUUCGAAUUGUACUUCUUUAUAGUGCAUUGGCAAAAACAGUUACAAUUUAGUAUUGAUCAGAAUCUUCUUGAUGCGUUUGUAACAAAUAUAGCAAAUUAUAUUGUAAAAAUACCGCUACUUGUGUGGGUUUGUGAGACUGGCAAAAAUCAAGCUCAAAAGAUUAAUACUACUAUUUACGACGUACUUAAUAGUACGAAAGAUGAGCAAAUCAAAGCCGAGUUACAGCUAUUUUCUUUGCAAACAUUGCAUUGCCAAAAUACAUUUUCCGCAAAAGGUCUCACUGUAGAUGCAAAGUUUCUCACAGCAAUGGUUGGUAGCUUAACAACAUAUAUGUUAAUCUUGAUACAAUUUUUGAUCACGACACAUUCUUGCAAGGAAAAAUCUGGAAUCAAUACUACAAGUAAUACAGUUACCUAA